AUGGCUUCCCUCCGCCCUACCAAGAUCACGACCGACGAAGGCUUUGAGACCGCUGUCUCUGACAAGCUCAUCCGUUAUGGAGGCCCUUGGGCCAAAGUCCAGAUCAAGAGUGCGCAUGGCUCUUGGCUCUAUGAUCCUGCUGGGAAGAAGAUUUUGGACUUCACCUCCGGUCAGAUGAGCUCUGUCCUAGGCCACUCUCACCCGGAACUCGUGGAGGUCAUCAAAAAGCAAUGCGAAAACCUCAUGCACUUGAAUCUGGUCAUGGUUUCCGACCCCGUCCUAGAUUGUGCCACCGCUGUCACCUCGAUGCUUCCAAAAGGUCUCGACAAAUGUCUCUUCGUCUCCACAGGAUCCGAGACAAACGAAGUCGCCAUCAAGAUGGCGAAAGUGUACACGGGCAAGUUCGAGGUGAUUGCCCUCUCUGCUGGUUACCAUGGUAUGACACACGGUUCAGCCGCGGCUACAUUUUCGUAUGGCCGCCAUGCGGCAGGUCCUUCUGUGCCCGGCACAUUUAUACUGCCGACACCUUAUCCUUACAGGUCUCCUUUCAGACAUCCUGACGGAACAUACGAUUGGAAAUCUGAGCUCGACUAUGGGUUUGCCUUGAUUGACCGCCAAAGUUCUGGAUCGUUGGCUUGUCUGGUGAUAGAAGGGAUUGUCUCAACAGGCGGUAUUCUGCCCUUGCCAGACGGGUAUCUCAAGGCUAUCAAAGAAGAAUGCGUCAAGCGAGGAAUGCUCCUCAUUAUCGAUGAGGCCCAGACCGGCUUUGGACGCACCGGCAGCAACUUUGCUUUCGAAUACUAUGGUGUUGUUCCUGACAUCCUCACCCUGUCCAAGACGCUGGGUGCUGGUCUGCCUCUUGGCGCCGUCGUCACCUCUACCGAGAUCGAACGGGUAUGGCACGAGAAACGUGGUUAUUAUGGCACAACUCACAUGAACGAUCCUCUUGUCUGUGCAGUCGGUGCCAAGGUAGUAGAGAUUAUCAAGAGGGACAAUAUGGCCGAGCAGUCGGCGACAAAAGGAAAAUUCAUGAAGACCGCUUUUGAAAAGCUCAAGGAGAAAUACUCUGUCAUUGGCGAGGUCCGCGGCCGCGGGCUUAUGAUUGGAGUCGAGUUUGUUCAGGAUCCUGUGUCUAAGGUCCCUGCCGAGAAUCUGGGUCAGGCCAUCGCUGCUCGUUGCAUGGAGACCGGCUUAUCAUGCAAUAUCGUACAGUUGCCCGGCAUGGGAGGUUCGUUCCGUAUGGCACCGCCCCUCACGAUCACCGAGGACGAGAUCCUGGAGGGGGUCCAGAUUUUCGAUGAGGCUAUUGCUUGGUGUCUUCAGAGAGGAUUCAACACCUAA